AAGCAUGAUUUUGGGACACGUAAAAGUAGUAUAAAAAAUUGUGCAAAUCUUUUGGCAGUUGUUUUCAGCCGCAAAUCGCGUGAUGGAGGUUGAUUAAGUUUAUUUGAACAUACAUUGUGCGGCACAAACAUGACGCAUUAAAACUAGAGCUCCCAAUUGACUCAUAAUAAGUCCUUAAUAACUCUCUCUCAUUUAGAGUUGUUUUUUUCAGCAGAUCUUCCAGCACAAUUGCAACCGGAAAAUCGUAAAAGCGAUUCAAAAAUUCAAAAAUCCUGGCCUUUUCUGCCAGCCACCUGCAUCUCUGUGUCAUUGCAUUGCUGUCAAACUCGGCGAAAGGUGUGCGUGUGUGUUGGUGAGAAUGUUUACAAACGCGUCAGCCGUCAAACGAAAGUUGCUGUCUUUUGUACGACUUCUUCACGGGCGGUCAAGGGGGGGAAUUAAUUUAUGGAGGCGCACUGAUACGGGAUAUCUGGUAGUUGUGAGGUAAUUCGGAAAAAGUGUACCCAUGUACGGAGAUUGCAGUCGUUCAGCUUGAAGCCGUUCGUGUGAACGAUGUGUUCGGCGUGAAAUGCAAGAGAUUGGGCGGCCAAGAGUGCUUUAUCACUGCCGUCGUCGUCAUCGUUGAACAAUCAUCAGCAUCCGCUGCCGGGCUGCCGGGAGAGGACAGGGCGAAGGAUUUUGAACAUUUUGAUAAGAGGAAUUAAGGGCUCCUUUAUUCCCACCAUUGCUUGUUUGUUGCGCCGGAAGGAACGACGGUUCUGAGCUGCUUCCGGAUACAUUCCAUCCCCCCUUCAUUAUGGAUGAUAUAGACAAUAUUAUUCUGCACUCGCUGCGUCAGAUCGAUUGCGAUCUGGAUGAAGAUAUACAGGGACUGGACCAGUUUACGCCUUCUAUUUUAGUGCGAACCGUUACAAAAUGUUUGCUACUAAUCGAUCCUACACUGGAUCUGCCCCACACGCUUCCAUCCGGAAUGGCACAAAGGUUUACCGUAACGGCACGGCUAGCAGAAGCUUGUUCGGCCGUGGGAUAUCGGCGCGAUAUCGGCUAUCAAACGUUUCUCUACUCGAAUGUUGCCGAGGUGCGCCGUGUGUUUAUGUUUCUCAUCGAGCAACUGCCCAAAGAUACGACCGAUAACGCCGAUCCGGAAGCACCGUUCGAUCGGGUGACGGAUUUGGAAAACCGUAUCGUGGAAAACAUGAGGCAACAGUUGCGCGGCUCUUGGCGUACCGAUCCGUCCCCGCUAGAUCUCAGAAACUCGACACUGGGAUGGCCUAACCGUGGUCGCGCUAACAUUCCCUUCGUAACGCAAAGCGAUGUUACGGCAGAAAUUAAGGAAUAUUGGUUACGGCGUAGCGGAUUUUGGGACGAGGAAAAGGAUGAAGUUGAUCGAAAGCUUCCCGAAAGUGCUGUUAACGCGCAGGAAUCGCUUUUAAAGCUACAAGCGUACUACGCGCAACAUAAAUCGAAAUCUCCUUUGGCCGAAGAACUGGACGAGCAUGAAUCGCCCAGCAGUUUAGACCAGCUUGAUGCAUUGCAGCAAGAAAUUGACAAAAUCAAUACGGCCAUCGAAGAGACCAAGCGCGAACAGCGAGAUCUCCAAACGAAGCGGUCGAUUGUUGGGGAGAAUGCGAAAACGCUGGAAAGCGUUACGGACAAGCUGAAGGAGGAAAAGAAAAUCAAAGAACGAACGCAUAUCCUGCUGGAGAAUCCGGAGGUGAAUGUGGCCAAACUGGAGUCUAUCAUUGUCGCUGCCGGGGAGAAGAUGAAAAAGUUGCAAAGCCAAUGGGAAACACAUCGUGCGCCACUGAUGGCACAGCUUCAGGAACAUCAAGUCAAAAAUUCGGACCAAGUUAGCAAAUCUCAGAAAGUGGUUGAUCAGAUCGAAUCCGCGCGUCACAAAUCGGAGGAGGUCAUUGUGGAUCUGCAAACCAAGAGUGCCCUGCACGCGAGACUGGUGCAGGAGUACGAGCGAAUGGGUAAAACGGUCAGCCGUACGGCGUACACGAGUCGCAUUCUGGAAAUUGUAGGCAAUAUUCGCAAGCAGAAGACGGACAUCGACAAGAUUCUGCACGAUACGCGCAGCUUGCAAAAGGAAAUCAACUCCAUCACCGGUCAGCUCGAUCGUCAGUUCACCGUAACGGAUGAUCUGAUCUUUCGGAAUGCCAAGCGGGACGAGUACUGCAAGCGUGCCUACAUUUUGCUCGUAGCUCUGCACACCGAGUGUAGCGAGCUGAUCGCGCUGGUACAGGACACUGGCACCGUGAAGCGGGAAGUACGCGAGCUGGAAGAUCAAAUUGAGCACGAGAAGGAUCGGAAUGUGGCAGCGAAUCUGACCCAGAUCGGGCAAGAUUUGGAAGAGAUGCAGCAGGAAAGCCGCCGGUUGGAGGAGGCCAUACGCCAGCUGGAAAUGUCCGCGACGAAGUAAGGUCGAAGAAAUCGCGCACGUCUUUUCCGGCAGGUUCGAUGAUUGCACGAUCGAUAGGGAAAAUAAAAUGUGAUAUAUUCCACAAGCGGGAUUGACACUG